UUUAUUUUUUUUUUAUUGCAUGAAAGAGUCCCUCCAGGAGUGCCAGGGCGGGGCACGCAAAUCACUUGUGUUUUUUUUCCCGUUUGGUUGCCAACACAGUCAAACACACCCCACCUGCUGGUCUCUCUUCGGCGCGGCUCUACCUUAACUAAUAAUCAACUUCAACGCAUUCUUUCCCCUCUUUCUUCAUCCCACACAACGAAUAACCACUUCUAAAUUCUUCAUCUACUCUGACAACCUUUCGCGGUUCACCUUCCUACUCACUUCACCCACUUCCCUUUUCCGACCGUUCUCCGUCAUUUCUCCCGUUCAUCAGUCACUAUGGGUGCGCACUCUGCUGUUUGGCAAGGAUAUGUCGAUUCCAGCUUGAUGGGAUCCGGCCAAUUUGACAAGGCAGCCAUUCUGAGCCACGACCUUUCUGGCACCGAGGCUUACUCUCCCGGCUUCACGAUCAGCGCCGAAGAGCUCCAGGGCCUAGUUGCCGCCUACAAGGAUAGUGGGGCGACGAUGACAAAUGGUUUCAAGGUCGGCGGAGAGAAGUUCCUCGCUAUUAGGGCCGACGACCGCAGUCUAUACGGAAAGAAGGGCAAGGAGGGUAUUAUCGUUGUGAAGGCCAAGUCCUGCGUCAUGAUCGCCCACCACCCUGAGUCUAUCCAGACCACCAACGCCGCAACCGUUGUCGAGAACCUCGUUGACUACAUCAACAAGUACUAGACGGCGGUGUGGGAACGAAAUGAAUGUGUCUUCUUAACUUGUGAAAAAGGACUGUGUCUGCUUUGAAUCGAUUUACUGGCGGGUCCUCUUCAUUUCUACUAUAACUCUACCCCUUUUAUUCCUUUUAUAUUCGCCGUUCGAUAUUGAGCAUCGCUCGUAGAUAUGUCACAUGUGCCAUAGGUUCUGAUCUAGUACGCAAGAAAAGGUUUUCAAUUUCCUGUCGUCUCAUGGUUAGUUGUUGAUAAGCAACAGUAUAGCGGUUUGUGAGAUAUUGUCUGCAGAACAGGGUUUCUCGUUAUCAUGUUCUGUACUAGUAUGAUGAACAUGGGUGCCUAUUCGCCCAAGAUACACUCUUGCAUAAUGUAC